AUCCUGACCGGAGAGGACUGGAAUUCAAUCAUGUACGAUGGGAUCAUGGCCUACGGAGGCCCAUCCUUUCCUGGCAUGCUGGUCUGCAUCUACUUCAUCAUCCUUUUCGUUUGUGGGAACUAUAUUCUUCUCAAUGUCUUCCUGGCCAUCGCAGUUGAUAACUUGGCCGAGGCUGAGAGCCUGACCUUAGCCCAGAAGGCCAAAGCAGAGGAGCGCAAGCGACGGAAGAUGUCCAGAGGUUACCCGGAGAAGUCUGAAGAUGAGAAGCAGAUACUGGCAAAGAAGCUUGAGCAGAAAGCAAAGGGAGAAGGGAUUCCCACGACAGCCAAGUUAAAAGUGGACGAAUUUGAAUCCAGUGUCAAUGAAAUCAAAGACCCCUACCCUUCUGCAGACUUCCCAGGUGAUGAUGAGGAAGAUGAGCCUGAAAUUCCCCUGAGUCCUCGGCCACGCCCCCUUGCAGAGCUACAGCUGAAAGAAAAGGCCGUGCCCAUGCCUGAAGCCAGCUCCUUCUUCAUCUUCAGCCCAACCAACAAGUUUCGAAUGCUGUGCCACAGAAUCGUCAAUGCCACCUGGUUCACCAACUUCAUCCUGCUCUUCAUUCUGCUCAGCAGCAUAUCGCUGGCAGCUGAGGAUCCCAUCCGGGCUGAGUCCUUCCGCAACCAGAUUCUUGGAUACUUUGACAUUGGUUUCACCUCCGUCUUCACAGUCGAAAUCGCUUUGAAGAUGACAGCCUAUGGUGCUUUCCUGCACAAAGGCUCCUUCUGCAGGAACUCUUUCAAUAUCCUCGACUUGCUGGUGGUCGCCGUCUCCCUCAUCUCCAAAGGAAUCGAGUCCAGUGCCAUCUCAGUGGUGAAGAUCCUUCGAGUGCUGAGGGUGCUGAGGCCUCUGCGAGCCAUUAACAGGGCAAAGGGGCUGAAGCAUGUGGUCCAGUGCGUGUUCGUGGCCAUCAAGACUAUCGGUAACAUUGUGGUCGUGACAACAUUGCUGCAGUUCAUGUUUGCCUGCAUCGGGGUCCAGCUCUUCAAGGGCAAGUUCUAUAGAUGCACAGAUCCAUCCAAGAUGACGGAGAAGGAGUGCAGGGGUUCUUUUGUCAACUACGUGGAUGGGGAUCCCACGCAGAUUGAGCUACAGGAGCGUGUCUGGUUGCACAGCAACUUCCACUUCGACAAUGUCUUCUCAGCCAUGAUGUCACUUUUCACUGUCUCCACCUUCGAGGGCUGGCCAGAGCUGCUAUACAUGGCCAUUGACACUAAUGCUGAGGAUACAGGCCCUAUCUACAACUACCGGGUGGAGAUUGCAAUGUUCUUCAUCAUCUACAUCAUCCUCAUUGCCUUCUUCAUGAUGAAUAUCUUUGUGGGCUUUGUCAUUGUCACCUUCCAGGAGCAGGGGGAGAGCGAGUACAAGAACUGUGAGCUGGACAAGAACCAGCGCCAGUGCGUGCAGUAUGCGCUGAAGGCUCGUCCUCUGCGGCGCUACAUCCCCAAGAACCCCUAUCAGUACCAGAUCUGGUAUGUGGUCACCUCCUCCUACUUUGAGUACCUCAUGUUCUUCCUGAUCAUGCUGAACACCAUCUGCCUGGGCAUGCAGCAUUACAACCAGUCUGCAGAAAUGAACCACAUCUCAGACAUCCUCAACGUGGCCUUCACCAUCCUUUUCACCCUGGAGAUGAUUCUCAAGCUCAUGGCCUUUAAAGUCAAGGGCUACUUUGGGGACCCCUGGAACGUCUUCGACUUCCUUAUAGUGAUUGGCAGCAUCAUUGAUGUCAUCCUCAGUGAGAUUGAUACUGUUCUUGCAUCCAGUGGCGGAUUGUACUGCCUCAGCGGAGGCUGUGAUGGCAUUGACUCCGAUGACAACUCCCGUGUCUCCAUCACUUUCUUUCGACUGUUCCGGGUGAUGCGGCUGGUGAAGCUGCUGAGCCGGGGCGAAGGUGUCAGGACCCUCCUGUGGACCUUCAUCAAGUCCUUCCAGGCUCUGCCCUACGUAGCCCUGCUGAUUGUGAUGCUUUUUUUCAUCUAUGCUGUGAUCGGGAUGCAGAUGUUUGGGAAGAUCGCCAUGGUGGAUGGGACCCAGAUCAACCGAAACAACAACUUCCAAACCUUUCCACAAGCUGUGCUGCUGCUCUUCAGGUGUGCGACUGGUGAGGCCUGGCAGGAGAUCCUGCUGGACUGCAGCUACGGCAAGCUGUGCGACCCUGAGUCAGACUUUGCUGAGGGCGAGGAGUACACCUGCGGCACGGGCUUCGCCUACUUCUACUUCAUCAGCUUCUACAUGCUCUGCGCCUUCCUGAUCAUUAACCUCUUUGUGGCCGUCAUCAUGGACAACUUUGACUACCUCACACGUGACUGGUCCAUCCUUGGGCCCCACCACCUGGAUGAAUUCAAACGAAUCUGGGCUGAGUACGACCCUGAGGCCAAGGGCAGGAUCAAACACUUGGAUGUAGUGACUCUUCUGAGACGUAUUCAGCCUCCCCUGGGCUUCGGGAAGUUCUGCCCUCACCGUGUAGCUUGUAAGCGUCUAGUGUGUAUGAACAUGCCCCUGAACAGCGAUGGCACCGUCACCUUCAAUGCAACCCUCUUCGCACUGGUGAGGACAGCCCUCAAGAUCAAGACAGAAGGUAACUUUGAGCAGGCCAACGAGGAGCUCAGAGCCAUUAUCAAAAAAAUCUGGAAGCGAACAAGUAUGAAGCUUUUGGACCAGGUCAUCCCACCUAUUGGAGAUGAUGAGGUGACAGUGGGCAAAUUCUAUGCCACUUUCCUCAUCCAAGAGCAUUUCAGAAAGUUCAUGAAACGCCAGGAGGAGUAUUAUGGGUACCGGCCUAAGAAGAACCCUGUGGAGAUCCAGGCUGGGCUAAGGAGCAUUGAAGAAGAAUCUGCUCCUGAAAUCCAUCGAGCCAUCUCUGGGGACCUGACUGCUGAGGAGGAGCUGGAAAGAGCGAUGGUGGAGGCUGCCAUGGAGGAAGGGAUAUACAGGAGGACAGGUGGCUUGUUUGGCCAGGUCGACAGCUUCCUGGAGCCCAGCAGCCCCCUGCAGCCCCAUGUGGCCAGCCAGAGGCCCCUGCAGUUCACAGAGGUGGGCAGCGAGGACCUCGACUCCCCUGUCUUCCUCGAUGACUUCCCUCAAGAAGGCAACACCAACAUCAACAAUGCCAACAGCAACAGCUGGCCAGAGGGGAUGAAGUACGAGGUGCUGAGGAAGACGGUGCCAGUAGCACUUGGGCAUCCAGUGCAGGAGUGCAACCACCCCUUACCCAUGGAGAGGCUGCAGCGGAGGCUGAGCAGGCUCCCACUCUGCUGCUGCAGUGGGCACAAGGUGCUCAUCCAAGCUGGGACAGCUCGAAACAGGAGCUCUCUGGCUCUCCGGCUGCCUCCAGAGCUGGGGCAGAAAAAAGGGGUGCAUCAGAGAGGAGGCACUGUGAUGGGAACAGCAUCCAGCUCAGGGCACCAGCAGGGUGAAAGCAGCGACCCAAGCACAUUCUCCACCCUGGCCAUCACCUUCCUCAUUCAGCCUGGCAGAGGGAAAGGCUCCGAUCUCCGGGGGCCUUGCAGCAUUGGCCGUGACCCAUCCUUCAUAGCGGUGGCCAGGGACAAGAUGGUGGCCAGCAGCCAGCUGCAGAUGGAUGAAGUGGAGAAAGCAGCCAUGGAGCUGCUAAAGGGAAGAGAAACACCGCGGGACACAAAACCUGGCUCUGCCCCCCAGGACACCUCAGCCACGUCACCAGCCAGCUCCCCAGGGUUCAGCACAGUCCCCUCCCAAAAGACCAUCACUGCCACUCGCCUGUGA